AUGUCUAAACAAGAAUACACUCCCCCCACAGGUCAACCGCCAAGUUGGAGCGAAGCUGGCGGAAGCAGCAAUAACCAUGCUGGCUACGUCCCACAGGCACAACCUUCUUACAAUCAAAAUUACCAACAAAGGGGCUACCAACCUCAAUACCAACAGGGCCCACCACAAGGAUAUUAUCAGCAACAGCAGGGAUAUCCACCACAACAAGGUGGCUAUCCCCCACAACAAGGGGGGUACUACCAGCAACAACAGCCCGUAUAUGUACAACAACAGAGGCAGAGUAACAAUGAUGGUUGUUUAAUGGCAUGUUUGGCUGCGUUGUGUAUCUGUUGUACUCUUGACGUUUUAUUCUGA